AUGACGUGGUCGACCCGCAACCAGCAAAGUGUCGAAUCUUAUAAAAACACAUCGUUUUCAACUUUACUCGUACAACAAAAACAGUAUAUAAUCGUGUGUAACAACGGUCCACUCCAGUCAGGUUCAUCUACUUCUCGUGAAGUACUUCCUACCAAUGUAAAACCUUCUCAUUAUUCUUUAAGCAUCACUCCCAACUUUGAAUCAUUUGAAUUCGCUGGUCAUGUUCAAAUCAGUCUCGAUGUCAAGGAAGAAACAUCCACAAUUGUUGCCAAUGCCAAUGAGCUCAACAUCAAAUCUGCUAGUAUUGUUGUUGUUCAUGUCAAGACCGAAACAACUCAGACUGCCAAAGCCAUCACUCUUGACAAGAAAAAGGAAACUGUUACUUUUGAAUUCGAGACUCCACUGCCUGCUGGUGCAAAGGUCGAGCUUACAGUCGAUUACACUGGCAUUCACAAUGAUCAGAUGGCUGGUUUAUACCGCAGCAGUUACACUGGCAAGGACGAUGUCAAGAAGCAUCUUGUUGUCACCCAAUUUGAAGCUACAGACUGUCGUCGUGCCAUUCCAUGUUGGGAUGAACCGAAUCUGAAGGCUACUUUUGAUGUCAAGCUUAUUGUCGAUCCCGUAUUUUGUGCUCUGUCCAAUAUGAAUCAGACUGAAGAGCGUACUGUUCAGCACGAGAACAAGUCGCUCAAAGAAAUCACUUUUGCUCGCACUCCUAUUAUGAGCACGUAUCUGCUUGCUAUGGCUGUUGGUGAUUUUGAAUAUAUCGAAACUAUGGCUCAGCCCAAGUUGCCUGCUAAUGCCAAACCCAUCACUGUUCGUGUCUAUACUCUCAAGGGUCAGUCGCACCUUGGCAAAUUCGCACUCGACGUUGGUGCCAGGACGCUUGAAUACUUUUCCGAGUAUUUUGAUCUGGCUUACCCUCUUCCAAAGAUGGAUAUGAUUGCCAUUCCUGAUUUUGGUGCAGGUGCCAUGGAGAACUGGGGAUUGGUAACCUACCGUGAAGUUAUGUUGUUGGUGGAUGAAAACACUAGCGCUCCUGCCAAGCAGGGUGUUGCAUAUGUUGUUGGACACGAACUUGCCCAUCAGUGGUUUGGUAACCUUGUUACAAUGGACUGGUGGAGUGAGCUCUGGCUUAAUGAAGGUUUUGCUACAUUUGUUGGAUGGUUAGCAACCGACAACAUAUUCCCCGAAUGGAAAGUUUGGACACAGUUUGUCACUGGCGAUUACUCUAAGGGUAUGGGUCUUGACAGCAUGCGUAGCAGUCAUCCCAUUGAAGUUGAUGUCCAAAGCCCUGCUGAGAUCAAUCAAAUUUUUGAUGCCAUCUCAUACUCCAAGGGUGCGUCUGUUAUUCGUAUGCUUUCAUCAUUUCUUACCACAGAAAUCUUUUCUGCUGGAGUACGUAUAUAUCUCAAGAAAUUUGCAUACUCUAAUGCCACUACUUUGGACCUGUGGGCUGCGCUUUCCGAAGUAUCUGGCCACGAUGUUGCCAAGCUGAUGUACUCGUGGACUCGUACCAUGGGAUAUCCUAUACUGAGUGUUACCAAUGAAGAAUUUGAUGAGUCCAAGCAGGAGCUUACUCUGACAGUCCGUCAAUCUCGCUUCUUGUCUUCUGGUGAUCUCACACCUGAUGAAGAUGCUUCCAGUCUUUGGACUGUUCCAUUGACCAUUGUCACUCAUGUCAAUCCCCACAGUCCAACUCGCCAUGUUUUGACUGAAAAGGAAACCAAGAUUACAUUUCCAUAUUCGCACGAGAAUAAUUUCUUUUGGAAGUUCAAUUACCGCUCCAAUGGUUUCUACCGCACCAAUUUGGAUACCAAACAGCAGGCCCAUCUUGGUGCUGCACUUGCAGCCAAUCUCAGUCUGUUUACUACCGAGGAUCGUAUUGGCAUUAUCUCUGAUGCCUUUGCUACUGCCAAGUCUGGCAAUAGUUUGACUGCUGGUGCUCUCGAUAUUUCCAGGGGAUUUGUUGCUGAAGAAGACUUUAUUGUACUAUCAGAACUCUCGGCUAAUGUUGCAAGCGUUUCUGUUAUUUUACUCAAUGAGUCUGAGGAGGUUCGUAACGGAAUCGACAUGCUUAAGCGGUAUUUGUUUUCACCCAAGGCCAAGGCAUCUGGAUUUGAAUACUCCAAAACAGAAGGACAUCUUGCUGCCAUGAAGCGUACGCUAGUCAUUGCAGCUGCAGCAGAUGCUAAAGACCCUGUUGUGAUCAAGGAGCUCAUAGAUCGUUUCCACAAGUUUGUUGGUGGUGAUGAAUCUGCACUUGAUACCAAUCUUCGAUCCAUUGCCUACCGCACUGCUUGCAAAAACACGGACGACGAAUCUGUUUUUGAAGCACUUUUGAACAUCUACAAGACUUCUACCAAUGUUGAAGCUCGUUUGACGGCUCUGAGUACUCUUGGUGCGUCGCCCAACAUCAAUGUUGUCAAUCGUGUUCUGAAUGAGGUUUUGAUGGAUGGCAAUCUUGUCCGACUCCAAGAUAUGAUGUAUCCUCUCAACUCACUCCGCUCAUCCCCAGCACUCAAGGAAGUACUGCCAAUUAUGUGGAACUUCCUCAAGUCCAACUGGCCAGUUCUGUAUGAGCGCCUUAAGCCAUCGCUUGGUCUUCUUGGGGCAUCUGUUCAAUUGUGUGUCAGUGGUCAAAUUGGCAAUGCGUUUGCUGAUGAAGUCGAGGCUUGGUCUCGUGGUGAUGAGCUAGCAACCGAUGAAGAAAAGGCAACCCGUGUAGAGCAACUCAAGGCUGCUCAGCGUCCUCUAAAUCAGUCCAUCGAGCGUGUUCGUAGCUCUACCAAAUGGCUCGAGCGUGAUCGUGAAACCAUCCAGAAAUGGAUCGAAUCAAACAAGACAGUCUUGAGCAAUAGUUGUUGAAUCUUUCUGGCAAACCUAUAAAAAAUUGGUAAUUGCUAGCUUCUGUUUAACAAGAGCAUGUAACUGAAUUGACAAUGAAUUUUAUUUGAAGGAAUGUGAUCAAAAAAUCGGUUUUUGUAAAAGUAGUCGAAUGGCUUUAUAUUUGUUGAUAUAGGUUGUGGGUAUUAGUAUCUUGAGUUGUAGAUAUUGUCAAAACUUGAUUGAAUAGCGAGUUUUCAAUAGAUGAAGCAGCUCAAGAGCGGGAUUUAAAGUCAUCCAAUGCAUUGUACAUGGAUAAUUUUCAGCGUUUUAGUAUGAACAAACCAUUUAAAACCAUUUGUAUUUCAGGAUUUUUACUUUUACGUGGAUUAAUUAUUGUAUUCAGAUCGACACUAUCUCAAAUAUUGCAGCCUAAUCUUACUAAUC